UGUGCAUCUCCCCACUCAUCACUGCUGGACUAGAGUAGGCUAUCCCUCUUCUAGGAGUAUAAGUUCUAUGCAUUUUAGCGGUUACAACACGUUUUGAGUAGGGAUAGUAGCGUAAGUGCUGAAUACCCAUAUUUUUUAUGUGUUAAUGCAAAAUAAUGUCAAUUAAUUUGACAAAGAACAAAGACGCGCUGACUGCUGCUUGGCAUAGCGUUGUGGAUGAUAAAUCACCGACAAAUUGGUUGAAACAAUUCACACUAAUUGCGAAUAAUGAGGAUACUUUGACAUUACUGCUAAAAGGGCCCUUUUUGGUUAUGAAGUCCAAACAAAUACAUUGAAAGUGGUUGGAACAGGAGUUGGAGGAUGGGAAGAAAUGGUUGAAGAGCUGAAUAGUGGAGACAUUAUGUAUGCAUUUUGUCGUGUUAUUGACACAAAAACUAGUUUACCAAAAUGUUUGCUUCUCAACUGGCAAGGAGACGGAGCACCUAUAGUAAGAAAAGGAACAUGUGCUAAUCAUAUUAGAGACAUAGAGCGACUUUUAAAAGGCGCACACAUAAUGAUUGACGCACGCUCCGAAGAAGAUAUUGAAGUAGACCUCAUAAUGGAAAAACUCGCACGAGCAACAGCGUCCACGUAUAAGUUCAACGAACCACGUGGUGAAAAUGGAGGUCAACUUGGUCCAGUUGGAACAACAUAUCGCAGAGUUAUACCUGAACAAGAAAUAAAUGCAACGGAACGAGAUCAAUUUUGGCAACGAGAAGAAAUAGAGGAAAGAAAAAGACUGGAGCAGGAACGUUGUCGAGCGGAACAGGAACGUGGAAAUAUUGAGCGAGAGAUUUGGUUACGUGGAGAUAAGAAAAAUCAGCUUACAGAACAACAGCAACUAGUAUCAGUCAAAGAAAGCAUAGUGGAAAAGGAGAAAGAAGCUGAUCAACGUGCUCAGGAGAUUAAGAAUUUGCGUUACCAGCAACUGCUCAUCCACCGUGGAAGUAGUGACUCUGACGAGGAGCGCAAGUCACGAAGCGAAGAAUUAAGAAAACAGCGAAGUAAAGAAACGCAGCAAUUGAUAGCGCAGCGCACAAUAAAUGCUCGGGCGAUCUUCGAACAGAAUACAGCAGCAGGACAAAUGAAGCAUGGAUCAACAAAUUUCUUACAACAAAAAACGACAUUGAAAACUAGUCCUAUGGAAAAUGCGAAAAAAGUGUUUGAACAAAACCUGCAAAUGGAUCAACUAACUAUUAAGGAUGACAAGUCUGAAAUAAGAUCUGAGGUUAAUAAUGCCGAUAUUGAAAAAUUUGAUGAAAUGUCGCAUAUUCAGGUGAAGUCAUCUGAGGGAGCUUGUUUAACGACUCCAAAAGUUGAAGCAGUAGCGAGUAAUCAGCCUGAGACACUGGGAACAACCCUUCAGGAAAAUCAAUUAAUUAAUGAAAGCAACACGGAAAAUGAAUUGUAUAGUCAAUUAGAUGGCGCGUCAUAUUUGUAUUUCGAUCCAAAUAAUGAAGGCAUGAGAGCCAGAGCUCUAUACGAUUAUCAGGCAGCAGAUGAUACGGAAAUAACAUUCGAUCCUGGUGACAUAAUUACUCAUAUUGAUGCAAUUGACGAGGGUUGGUGGCAAGGUCUUGCGCCGGAUGGAACUUAUGGUCUUUUCCCGGCCAAUUAUGUUGAGGUUAUUAAUUACCAAACUACAUGAUGCAGGGAUCUUAAUAAUAUAUUCAUAACUAUCAUGAAAAUAUUUGAAUGUUCUCUGGCUAUUGAACAAUGACGAGAAUAAGUAUUAUUUGGCAGCGUGAGUUAAUUUAUUCGUUAAAUUGUUUUUUGUCUAUUAAAUUUUAUAGGUUUUUGUAAUUAGAGUUAUGAUUUCUAACCACGUACUGCGCUCUAUAUACUAAAUAAGAUUGUAUCUGUUUACUUCAAUAAUACUUGACUUAUUGCGACAUCUCCGUUGCGUACAUUACGAAGAUGAAAAUAAUAUUUUCAUUAUAAAACUCUAACGGAACAAAAAUAACCGGACUGUAAGUGUGAAUUCUGAGUGAAUGAAACACGAGAAGAAUGUUCAUCCGAUUUAUGUGCAUUAUGUUAUUAACUCCCUGACUGUUUAUGAUGGACAAAUCCGCCAAAACAAGUGGCCAAGAAUGCUCAUGACGAAAAUAUUCAUAUCAAACGAUUUUUCGGAAAUUGAGUCCACCAUACUGGAUCGGUUAUCUUAAAUUCGAAAAUUUCAAUUAUGAAGUCAAAAUCAGUGGCUUCGAAAACUUCUAAAUACAAAUUUUUACGCGUUAGAAUUACUUUUCGGAUUUUAUCCGCUAUUUACAAUCUUUUCUUUUUGGCCCCAGAUUCGGAUUUAGCGAUUCAAAAAACCCCAGAAUCUAGUCUUUCUAUAGUUUUGAUAACUUGUACAUUGAGAGCAUUUUUGGUUUUAAAAGCAUUUUUAUCACAAAACAGUAAAGUGGUUAAAGGGGAACAGGUCACACUUCUACCUCAUUACAGAUUAUUUUUCCGUAAUAUCGUAUGUUCAGCACUUAGGGCUCAGAUUCUAAGUUCUGUAACGAUAAUUGCGAAAGAAUUUUUUCUUACGCCCAUUGAGCACCAUUGAGAUACAAUGUCACAUAUGUUAUUAGUGCAAAAUGUUUAUCAUAGCUUGCAUCAAUACCCUUAACUACGUCAUGUUUCUUUCCACGGUUUACCGUUUAGUUGGAGUUCGGCGAAUAUCACGGUUUACUCUUAGACUCUCAUGUUUAUAAUUAAAAUUAUUAUAAAUACAGGGUGACAAAUGGGAAGGUGUCACAACUAAUUGAUUACCAUUUUUGAACGGGUAUAGGAAUGAAAAAACGAAAUAAUGGUUAAAUAGUAGAAACUUUGAGGUUUUUUAAGGAACACAAUUGCAUGAUUUUAAAAGCUUUAUAUAUUUUAGAAACUAAUAUUUUUAAAAUACCGAAAAUUCGUAAUGAGCAAAACACUUAAUAGUAUAAGUUUUCGAAAUGUGCACCAUCUGAAUUGGCACAGCAAUCGAGCCUUUUUUAAAACACUAAAACUGAAUAGCCGCUUUGAGUUGCUCUAGGUUUUUGAAUUUUCGGUAUUUUUAAGAUGUUCGUUUCUAAAAUGUAUACCACUUUUAAAAUUAUGCAAUUAUGUUCCUUAAUAAAACUUCAAAGUUUCUACUAUUUAACCAUCAUUUCGUUUUUUUGAUUCCUGUACUUGUUAAAAAAAAGUAGUCAGUUUUCACACUUUCCCAUUUGUCACCAUGUACAUUUGGAAAUCGGUUCUCAGUACUACGAGAUUACUUUUGUUUCUCCCAGAUGUAUACAGAUAAAUAAGAAUACGACGUCACUCGCAGUAGUAUCGUGAAUUUCGGAACAGUCCACUAUGAUGCGGGAUGUUGUAGGAAGUGAGUAAUACUGGAUAGAUAUCAGAUACAGAAACAGAACAAUCAUGUUUAACGUAUACUGGUCAGUGUCAUCAUAUAUCUGGUAAUGUUUAUCGUCUCUCUGAUUAUUACGGUUUUCAGAAUCAUCUGAAAAUAUUUCCUUAUUUCAUAGCCGGUUUUUAUGUGUUAUUCUCUACAAAACAAAUCCCUUGAUACUUAUAUCGUAUUUGGCUUUUUAGAAUAUUUUUCGAGUCUGUUUAUGUUUAAUUAUGUCAUCAAACUUUCAGUAUUCAAAAUUAUAAUUAGUUUUAGCUUUUAUAAUUUCUAGCGUACAAAUUUGUUAAAAACAUUUUAAUUUAAGAUUUUAAUUAAAUAUUUUAUUUUUUUGAAUUAUAUUGUAAUAUUUAACUAAAUAUACACCAUGAAAGAUUUUUAUUCAAAGUCAGUAGUUCGUGUUAUAUGAUUUUGUCUGAAUAAAUAUUAUAGAACUCAAUAAAAUUUAA